AUGGCUGGAUCUGAUCACAGACCUAUCCUUUGCUCCAUACAGAACACUACUAGACCAACUCAUACACCUUUCAGAUUUCAGAAUAUAUGGACUCUACAUCCAGAUUUCAUUAAGGAAGUGGAAAACAAUUGGAAUUCCAACCUGAAUGUAGACCCCUGUAUCAGAUUAUGGUUAAAACAAAAGAACUUAGCCUCUCAUCUGAAAAUAUGGAAUUGGGAAAGAUUUGGUAAUGUCAAUGAACAACUGGAGGCCAUCCAAAAAGAAGUUCAUAGUUUGGAGGAAGGCUUACAAAUGGGGAUGAACUCUGAAUAUGAGGUUCACCAUGCCAAUGAGAGACUCCUUGCACAAAUCAGCUACCAUGAAUGUUUCUUAAAACAAAAAGCUGUUGUCACUAAAUUCACUGGUGGUGAUAGAAAUACUAGAUACUAUCAUGCUUGUAUCAAUCAUAGAAGGAAGUGUAACAUGAUCUUAAACAUAAUCAAUAUCAAUGGGAGGAAGUUAACCAAUGCAGAAGAUAUAGCUUAUGAUGCAAUCCAACAUUUUCAAAAGGUGUUCACCAAUGAGCUGGAUUUUAGAAGCCCAAUUGAAACGGAGAUGUUCACUAACU